AUGCCUUCAUUCCCUGCGACACCGCUGGUCCGGCCAAGAGAAGAUGGCUUGCAGCUCAGUUAUCGGCUACCGCAUCGCAUUCACGCUGCGAAAGGGUAUCCUCUGCGAGCUCCCAAUGGCUCUUCAAUAAUCAUCUACGGAAACGAUACUGGCUUAAAAGUUAUAUGGAGAGGAGGGAGACCAUUUUCGGAAUUGAAGCAGCCUGAAGCUUCACGGCCAGGCAAGAGCGGCGGAAACAACGAUGACGACUCGGUCAUGAUAAUCGAUUCCGACGAGGAUGAGGCCCCCGAACCAACUCCAGCUCAAGAAGAAUCGACAUAUGAUUUUGCCCCGGAGGAGAGUGAGGUCGAUCCUGCGUUUCCGUUCGAAUCCAUAUUGCGACAAGUCGAUAUCCCCUUGGGGAGCCGCGUGUUAGAUAUCGCCAUCCCUCGCGUUCUUCCCGACGAGGCCCGCUCACCUCUCGACCCAUUCCCGCCUAUUGUGAAAACUACAAUCGUUAUUGCUGCAGUCUGCUCAGACUUUUCAACUCACAUUGUGACUCUCCCUCUUACUCCUCCUCACCCAGCUCAGACCAACCCUAAGAGCUGGCAUGUCCAAUCCUUGGCCAUUAACGCAGGUGUCACCCACCAAGAUAUUCCCCGUGGUGUUUCUCUCACAUUCACCUGUCAAGAAACCGAAGACGAUCAAGACCGCCGGAAAUCACGAAGCCGAGUUGGAGGAUCAGGGAGCUGGGAUCUUCUUGUGGCUACACAUUCCGCUGAAGGAUCCGGUGUGCUCUUGAUACAUCGAAUUCCCGUUCGCGAAGAGUCUUCUGGGUUUUUCUACCUCUCAGAGGAGGAUAUUGUUUCCCAACGGCGUCUUCUGCCAUCUCCAGCUCAAACGAUAGCGUUCAACCCCUCUACGUACCCAUCGGCCCGCCAUGCUAAUUUGCUAGUUGCCUUCCAUAAUGGAUGUGUCAAAAUUUAUUCAUGCUUCUCCGUCAAAAAGACACCAAAGUCGGCGCGCCGGGCUUCUGGUGCACACGAAGAUUAUGAAACCAUUGACACGGAAGGCCGAUGGCUAAUCAGUUUGUAUCCCGGCUAUGAACAAGGUCCAACAGGACUUCCUCGCCGCAAAACUAUCAUUGAUGCAAACUGGGUUCUUGGGGGUCGGGCUGUCAUGGUUCUCCUUGUUGAUGGUGAAUGGGGUGUUUGGGAUAUUGAAGGCGCAGGCCCAGGAGCUGCCAAGGGUCCACUGCACCGCCAGACCAGUGUCCAGGGAGUCACUGGUGGAUCUCUGACUGCUUAUACCGUGAGUGGUCGAAUUGCAACCCAACCAACCAAUACACAAUCCGAGAUCGAACAUCGACCACGUUUUGCGCCGAUGACACCGUCUACUAAGCGGGUCCGCGAGGACACCCUUCUGAAGGGGUCAAUAACUGAAGUCAGCCCAUCUCUCCGUGGCCAAAUUUCCGUUCUUCAAAUCAACUCAUCCCAAGAAGCGCUUCCAGAUGAGUCAAUCUUGCUGCGCCAUGGCCGCCAGAGUGCGGUUAUUCCUAGUUUACUUUCGCUCUGGCGCAAUGCCGUCCGAGCUACCGGCACCUUUGACGCGUCUAACCGGUCCCGAGUGACCCCCUUCCAGGAUGUGAACUUGAUGGGUGAGAACUUUCAGGCGAUAAGUCAUCUUCCCGCUCCAUUGCGCCGGUCCAGGGCUGCUGAAAAGCAAUCCUUCGAUGUGUUGGUUGCUGCUGAGCAUCAGAUCAUGAUUCUCGCCCCGCGCCUGGUCGAGUCCGAUGAAAUUGUGGUAGCAACUGAGGCCGUGAAGCACGAUGCUCCAGAAAACGAUCAAUUGAAGCUGCAACGAGGUGAAUUGGAUGUGGAAGGAAUGGGGAGACUGCUGAAUGGCAUGGUUCGCGGGACCGGAUCUCUCCGCAUGGGAAGUCCUAUCAAACGAACUCGUAUUUUUACUUGA